AUGAAGUCCUCACCCACCACUACCACCCCGAGCGCGGCCUCGACUUCCUCAGAGUCGACCUCCGACUUCCAGCAGCACGCCCUCGGCCACGGCCUCCUGAACCAAUUCGGGCAGUUCAUCCCGAAACACGCGCUAUUCCAAGUGAAUGUCGAGAUAGACCAGUUGUCGAACGUCCCCCUCAUCAACGGGCAGUUCGCGGUACGCUGGAAAUUCAAGAAUGCACAAACUCGCUCCGGACUGAUCUCGAGGAUGCGCGGGAACCCGUCGUGGUCUUCGAAGGGGAGGAACAGCGCCAAGGGCAAGGGGCGCGCGUCAGAGCUCGGCCUCGCCAUCGAGGUGACCCCGGCGGAUGAGGAUGAUGAGGAGGGAAACGAGAGCAGCCCCCAGGACGAGGGCACUGAGGACGAAAUGUAUCGUCAUGCGAGCGGGUCGUCGCUCGAUCUCCUCACGCCGUAUACCCCUGACACGGCAAUGCCACCCACCACCCCAGCGACAGCAACACCAGCAGAUAUGCGAAAGACGGCAUCUGCAGCAUCCGUCACUUCGACGACAACGACGGCAGUGGCUCGCGGGAUUACCCCUUUCCAGCCGCUGCAGAAUUACAACGUAAAGUGGGGCCACCAGGUGAACGUGGCCGUGCAGAUGGACGUGCACCGGGAGACGGGAGACUUGUUGCCGAACGAAGUGAAGUUGGUGGUGAUGCAGCGAGUGGUCCCGGGAGAUCCGGACGCGCCGAAGCAACCCCGGCUGGGUGCUGUCUACCUCAACCUCGCAGAAUACGCUGAUGCGGGGCCCGUCACUCGACGCUACCUCCUCCGCGAGAGCAAGACAAACGCCACGCUCAAGCUCACAAUCACACUCGAGCAUAUUGGAGGUACGAAGAACUACCGCCCUCCCCCGCUGCGCAAGGGCGAGAUCCUCGCAUCCGUGACAGGCUUGCUUGCCAACAACGACCUCAUGCGCACAAGCAUCGCGCGGCAGCUCGACGACUUCACGCAUGCGACCCACCCCGGGCUGCAAACGUUCAUGCAGGCGGACGGGCGUGCCGAUGGAGACGGGCUCGCGUCUGCGUCGGGCCUGCGUGCGACGGAAGACCUUAUCGAGACGCUGUUCAACCCCCUCCCGAGUGCAUCACCCGCGCCCUCGCCCUUCACGUACUUCGCGCCAGCCGCGGCGCGGCAGCACAGUGUCGGCAGCAUCGGCUCGGUCGACUCCCAGAGCGACUCGUACUCCGUCGCGCGGAGCUCGACUCGGAGCGGGAGCAGCGACGGGAUGCAUGUCGACGUGAGUGUGGAGAAGCUCGCGGCGGACAGUACUGUAGACUUGCACCCGCUCGAGUCGCCCCGCGAUGCGAAGGGUGCGUGGUGGAAGGUCCGCACUCGCCCGGGGACGCCCCUUGGCAGGCACUUCAAACUCCCGUCGCCCUUGCCGCAGCGACACACGGAGUCGAUCCACGCUUGA